CCAUUUCACCUCCCCAAACCAAAACCAAAACUCAUUCUCUCAAGUCUCGACACAGAGAAAAUGAAAAUGGGCACUCGCAGAAAGAAGAGAGAAGAAGCCCCUCUUUCUCUCUCCGAAGAUGAUGAUGGUGAUGAAAAUGAAAACUCCCAAAACGAAGGUUCCAAAAGGGUAAAAAACGAAGGUUACGAGCAAGCUAGGGAGCAAAGGAUCAAAGAGAACAUGGAGAGAAUGCAGAAGCUUGGCUUAUUCGACCUUUCUCAUAAACUCAAACCCCUAAAGAAACAGAAGAAGCGCACCCACCAACCCAAUCAUUCACCCCAGAGACGCUCUUUCAGAAUAAUGAGCCGGGCACCAAUUAACUAUGCUGAGAGAGAUUUUCGCGAGUCAGCAAGUAAGAAAAAUGAUGAAGUAGAGAUUGUUAUUCCAGAAGGUACAAACCCUGAAGUUUACACUGAAGAGCAGGAGAAGCUUCUGGGAGACUGUGAGAGUACUUGGGAAUUGUAUGUAGAUGGAUAUGAUGAAGAUGGGAACCGUAUAUAUGAUCCAAUCAAAGGAGAGACAUGCCAUCAAUGCAGGCAGAAAACUCUUGGCCAGCAUACUCAUUGCAACAAAUGCGAAUUACUCCAAGGGCAAUUUUGUGGAGAUUGCUUGUACAUGAGAUAUGGAGAAAAUGUGGUAGAAGCCAACCAUAACACAAAAUGGACUUGCCCUCCUUGUCGGGAUAUUUGCAACUGCAGUCGUUGCCGCAGGGGAAAAGGUUGGAUGCCUACUGGUAACAUAUACAGUAAGGUGUCAAAACUGGGUUUCAAAUCUGUGGCUCAUUAUCUGAUUAAAAAUCGCCGCUCCAAGUUGGAAGGCUCAGAUGCUGAAAACAUAGUUCCUGAAGAAAUAUCAGAGGCAGAGGCAUCUGCAGAUACCACACCGAAUAGACCAACUCGCACGAGGGCAUCAAAGAAGAGAGCUUAGUGGCAUAAUAUCUAUACAUGAAGAAAAUGACAUCAUGUUUUGAGUAAUGAAGAAAGUUAUUACUUGUUUUUUGUUUGAGAAACAUACAAGCUUAGCCAUUUAACAAUGCAAGUUUAGAAGUGGGUUUUGACAAAGUUUUGGUAACAAUAAUUCAUAGGCAGAUUUAUGGAUUAUUAAAAGGUGCAUACAAACUAUUAAAAAAACAAAUUAUGCUUCUUGAUCCU